GGUUGAACGCAAAGGGGGAAUACUAGAGGAGAGAUACUGUUACCCCGUCUCUCUCCUACAGAGCUCAUAGUUACCGUGUAAGUCUCACACUGGAGACUGAAACUAAAAGAAGACUAGAGGAGAACGGGACUAUUUUUCACCGCACAAUAACCAUUAUCCUUUUUUUUUUUUUGUGUGUGACUUGAACAUAAACUCAUUUUUCUUCUCGUCCUGAAGGCGCGGACAGCUUUAUUCUUCCCUCCCUUAAAAAAGAAAAGAAAAGAAGAAGUGGAUUCGGGUGGAUGAGUUGUGUGGAUGUUAUUUCCUGGAUAUUCUCCUCGGGCUGUUUCUCAUCGCGGCCCAGAGACGGCAACAGUGUGUGGAAAAGUACAGUUGUGUGUUAAACAUAUGGCUUCAACGAGGAUAACGCGCUGGAUGCUUGGUGAAGCAUGGUGGUGAAGAUGGUUAGAACGCACUUAAUGGGGCCAUUGUCAUGGGGCCGGGUCAAAUGCCCGAGCAUAAUCGGAACAGGAGUCCUUUAUCUGCUGCUGCUAUCAACCUGUCUCGGCCAAGACACAGAAGACUGGCAAUAUGAGGAAUGUAAACUGUCCCGGUCGGGUCCUCCGGCUACCAUCGUUGCGAUAGAUGAAGAAAGCCCAAACGGAACGUUAUUGGUGGACAACAUGCAGAUAAAUGGCGUGGCUGAGGGUCCGGGGCGUACCAUCUCUCUGUCGCUAAGGGAUAACCACGACUACUGGGUGAUCCUUGACCCUUCCAAACAAGCACUUUACCUCAACAGCACCGGACGUGUUCUGGAUAGAGAUCCCCCCUCGUAUAUUCAGUCCAUUGUGGUUCAGGUUCAGUGCACCAACGAGCUGGUAGGCACGGUGAUUUUACAUGAAGUCCGCAUCGUUGUUCGAGACCGCAACGACAAUGCACCGCAUUUCCAACAGCCAAGAUACUACGUCGGCAUCAGUGAGCUGACGCCAGUGGGAACCACUAUCUUCUCUGGUUUCUGGGGGAACAAUGGGGCAAAAGACAUAGAUGACGGUCCCAAUGGACAGAUAGAGUACACCAUCCAGUACAACCCGAAAGACCCGACAACCAACAGAACGUUUGACAUCCCUCUGACACUAUUUGGCUCUGUAGUUCUCAAAGAAAGACUCAACUAUGAGGAGAUAACGCGGUACCUGGUCAUCAUACAGGCAAAUGACCGAGCCCCCUAUCCCAGUGAGCGCAGUACGGCCACCACCACUCUGACUGUGGAUGUACUGGACGGCGACGACUUGGGUCCCAUGUUUCUACCAUGUACGCUUGUUGGAAACACCCGUGACUGCAGUCCCAUCACGUAUAGGGCUAAUGUACUGGAGCUGAUAGAACCGAAUAAGGUGAAUCCUGUCAAUGUGACUCCAUCCAUUCAAGCUGUGGACCAAGACAGAAACAUACAACCUCCCUCGGACAGGCCAGGGAUUCUAUACUCCUUCCUCAUUGGCAAACCAGAGUCCUAUGCAGAAUAUUUCAGCUUGAACGGCACCACAGCGGAGCUCCUGAUACUAAAGCCCAUUGAUAGAGAACUCUACCGCAGAUUUGAUCUGGUUAUCAAGGCAGAGCAGGACAAUGGCCACCCUUUGCCAGCUUUUGCCAACCUCCAAAUCGAAGUUCUGGAUGAAAACAACCAGGCACCCUACUUCCUGGAGACCAGUUACCAUGGCUACGUUAGUGAAGCAUCACCAGUGGGAUCCACCAUAGCGACCGCGUCCAGCCUGUCUGCACCGCUGGCCAUCGUUGCUCUGGAUAACGAUGUGGAGGAGACCAGGGACCCUCAACUCCAGCUCUCAUUGGACAGCUAUGCCAAUGUUUUCUCUGUGUCUGCUACUGGAAUCAGACGAUAUCUCACCCUGGUGCAGCCGCUGGACAGAGAGACACAGGACUCCUACACAUUCACGCUUUUAGCAUCAGACGGAGUCCAGCAGAGCAUUCCGGUUACCGUGUCGAUAACAGUGUUGGAUGCUAAUGACAACACACCGACUUUUGCUAAUGCCUCUUAUAAUGUCAACCUGUUUACUGAUAUGGUGCCUGGAGAAACUGUGUUACAGCUGGCAGCAAUCGACUCUGAUGCAGGUCCCAAUGGUCAGGUCAGCUACCGGAUCUUAGCUGGUGACCAGGGACAUUUUCUUAUUGGCAAAAGCACUGGGGUUAUUACUGUGGCACCAGGUGUUGAGCUCACAGUUGGGCGGAGCUACGCUUUGACUGUAGAAGGCAUGGACAAUGGGCCUGCACCUCAGAGAAGAUCAUCCAUUACUACAGUCUAUAUUGAAGUGUUGCCCCCAAACAACCAGAGCCCCCCACGUUUCCUCCGACAACAAUACAAUCUGGAGAUCAGCGAAGCUAUGAGGACUGGGGCUACACUGCUUAAUCUGCAGGCAGUGGAUCGUGAGAGGGACCCCAUCACAUACAAAAUCCACAGAGGAGACGCCUUUGGACAUUUUGCUCUACAGCAGAGUUCAGGGUAUUUGGUGCUGGAUAAGCCUCUGGACAGGGAGUCAGUGGAUUAUUAUACCCUGGUGGUCACAGCUUCAGACGGACACACAGAUGGGACCUCCACUGUGACGGUGAGCGUCGUGGUGACAGAUGUUAAUGACAAUGACCCGCUGUUCGACUCUUCACUGCCAGUGAACCUCACUGUCAUCGAGGAGCAGGAUCACGCCUAUGUUGGACAGGUCAAGGCUACAGACCCAGAUCUGGGGGCGAGCGGUCAAGUCCACUAUCGGCUCGUCAACCACCAGAAGCUGUUUAGCAUCAACGCCACCGGAGCGAUCAGAACUACAAUGGCACUGGACAGAGAGGUGAAAGGUCACUACUUUCUGAUCGUUGAAGCCUGGGAUGGUGCAUCGGACCCUCGGCGAUCCAGAUUAACGCUGUCCGUCACUGUUCUGGACGUAGACGACAACAGCCCGAUAUUCACCCAACAAACGUACAAUGUCACCCUACCAGAGAACAGCCCCAAAGAUACAGUCAUACUACAGUUCAAGGCGAUAGACGCUGACCUCGGCUCCAACCUCACAUAUCAAAUCAGAACGCAGGGCUCAGACCGGGGGAUCGUUCGACUAUUCCACAUUGACCCAGUGACAGGAGAGCUGUCGGUUCUCAGAGUGCUGGACUAUGAGGCUCUGAGUGAAUCGGGGCCCACGUACACAUUCACAGUAGAGGCCAUGGACACAGAGGGAAGCAUGCCUCCUGGACUCGCCUCUGUUACUGUCAGAAUCAUGGACAUGAAUGACUUUUCUCCGGUAUUCAGCCAGUCAGUGUACCGAGGCCUGGUUGCCCCUAAUGCUUUCAAGGGAACCAUUGUAACCACAGUGAUGGCCAAUGACUCUGACCCUGCGGGUACCCCAGCAGGCCUGGUGCGCUAUAAAGUGAACCAGGAGGCUUUUCAUUACUCUGCCAGUAUAUUUGACGUGGAGGAACAGACGGGAAAUGUUGUAACCAGAGUUAACCUCAACGAAGAGCCCAACCUCAAGUUCAGUCUGGUGGUGGUGGCCUAUGAUGAUGGUGAGCCAGUAAAGGAAAACACAACUCUAGUAGAGAUCACAGUCCUUCAGCCCUCUGUCAUUCCUGUGUUCACACAGGAAGAAUACAGGUUUCCACGAGUGAGCGAGGAGGCUGCUGUCGGAACCCCGGUGGGAAACAUCAUGGCGGCCGCUGUCAAUCAAACUAUCAUCUACUCCAUCAUCGAAGGCAACCAGGGAGGUGUGUUCGCCUUAAAUGAAACAACAGGAGUGAUUUCUACAGCCAAAGGCCUGGACUAUGAGGCCAACUCCUCUUAUGUUCUAAAGGUAGAAGCAGACUCCAUGAGAGUCGGGUCCUCGAACGUCCGAGUUCCCUCUAAGACCAACACAGCUAAGGUGGUAAUCGACAUCCAGGAUGAGAACGACCACCCGCCGGUUUUUACCCGAUCUCUUUACAUUGGAGGGGUCGCAGAAGACUCUAAAACGUUCACCUCCGUCUUGCAAAUACAGGCCCUGGACAAAGACACCGGUAACUACAGUGCUAUGAUGUACCGGCUGAUCAUUCCCCCUCCCCCUGGUAAAGACACUAAAGUUAGCAAAAACGGCUUUAUCAUCGAACCAUACAGCGGCGUGGUGAAGACGGCGAUCAUGUACCGCAACAUGAGGCGGUUUUAUUUUAAGUUUGAGGUGGUUGCUACAGACAACUAUGGCCAAGGACACAGCAGCAAGGCGGAGAUAGUGGUGUCGGUGGUGAACCAGCUGGACAUGCAGGUGGUCGUAUCAAAUGUCCCUCCGACUUAUGUGGAGAAAAACAAAGACCAGCUCCUCAGCAUUUUGGAACGCUACGUCCAGGAGCAGAUUCCAGGAGCAAAGGUCGUCGUCGAAACCAUCGGGCCCCAUCGCCGUGCCAAUGGAAUGGAGCAGGAAGACUACACCAAGUCGGACCUCAUGAUUUAUGCCAUCGACCCGCUGACGAAUAGGGCCGUUUCUAGACAGGAGCUCUACAAGUUUCUCGAUGGGAAACUCUUGGACAUCAAUAAAGAGUUCCAGCCCUUCCUCCCUCCCGGUGGACGGAUUCUGGAGAUCCGAACCCCUGAAGUGGUGACCAGUGUGAAGAAAGCUGUGCAGACUGUAGGCUACACGGAGGGGGCGCUGUUGGCUCUGGCAGUUAUUAUCAUUAUCUGCUGUGUCCCCGCCAUACUGAUUGUCAUCAUCACCUACAGACAAUUCAAGGAACGCCAAGCAGAGUGUGCCAAAACAGCCCGUAUCCAGAUGGCACUGCCAACAGGCAAACCUGCAGGAGGAACUGCCAACAACUUGUAUGAAGAGCUGGGUGACAAUGCCAUCAGACACAACAGCUCCUCCGACCUUCUCUGCUCAGACCAGAGGAGUUAUCAAUGGAAUCUGGCAUCGACCCCGGCCAGGACUACUACACACAAGAUUAUUACAACUAUGAUCACGGGUUUGUAUGCACAUCCUACACAUAUCUCUGUUUGUACAUAAACUGUAUGUGCGUGUUUGCUUGGCUGUAAUAUUAACAUAUGGAAGUUUGGAUGGUUUAUCUGUCAUUCUAUUGUACUGUAGUUGACGAAAACAAUCGUACCACAAGGCCCACUUAGUAGCUGUUCUGGAGCUUUCAUUUGUAUUUCCUCUGCUUUUAUCUGAGCGGAUGAAGUUGCCUCGUUGUCGUGAAAAUUAAGAUGUUCAAAUUUCCAUUUUUUUAUGUAGUGUAAUGAAUAAUAAGAGCACAGUUUAUUAAAUAUGGGAUUUUUCGUAUAUACAUUUGCCAUAAUAUAUCGUUUCCAGAAUAUAUCCUUAUUGAUAUCUGAUACUGUGCUCCCAAUACAAUUAUUAUCAAAAAUACCUCAAUAGUUCUUAUCAACAGUAAUAGUAGAUGUAAAAUGAUGUUCGCCCUCUUUUUACAGCAUUCUAUGUUUUUCCCCGUGCCGUGUGGGGAAUGCAUUAUUUACCAGUAACACACACCAGAAACGAUAUUGAGCGGACACAUGCCAAUGUGCCCCUCCCCCCCCCUUCCAGAUUAUACAUAUUUCCUUCAACCCGAGUCUGGAGGUCACUGUGGUGUGUGCUUUAUCCAGAAGAGCGCCAUGGUGGCUGCUUUGAUAUCGCGCUGACCCCGUCAGUCACACAGGAGAUUACUGUGAAAUCUUGACCCCGGUGACAUGCCUCGUACCAACCUGUGGUUAAUAUGUUCUUGAACUACAGGAAGUGAAAAAAGCUGAAAGAAGAUCUGACAGUGAUUUUGUUCAAAGUGUGUGUGCGUGUACUUGACGUGUGUGUGUGUGUGUGUGUGUGUGUGUGUGUGUGUGUGUGUGUGUGUAUGUGUGUGUGUGUUGUUUCUUGGAUGUCUGAUGUUGAAAAAGCAGGAAAUAUUGUAUAGAAAUAGCAAUAACACACACAGAUACAUUAGAUCAAAGCAUUCAUGAACAAGAUCUCUGAGGGCUUAUUGCAUCCUUCCCAAGUGUGUGUGUGCGUGCGUGCGUGCGUGCGUGCGUGCGUGUGUGUUAUGUUGAAACCCAGACUUCCAUCUGUGAUGCAUUGUGUAAUUCUUAUAAUUUUAGCUGCAGUCUCCCGGGAACUUGAUUUUAUACACCCACCCACACACACACAUAAAUACACAGUGGCACACACACAUAAAUUCUCUCAUGGCAGACACAUUCAUUCACUCACUCUCUCAUACUCACUCAGAAAUGCUCUGUUGCCCAUUCUUUUUUACACACACACACACGCACACGCAGAGCUAAUUCUCUCUGCCUAGCAUUGCAAUAUUGUAGUAGCUAAUCAGGCAGCCAGCCGUGGAAGCAGACAAUGGGCCAGAUGCUGUUGGCUUAGAGCAACAUCCACAAACUCAUGUCUGACUCUCUACGUAUACAGGAGCAGGAAAUCAGAAUUUGUGAUCCAGUGGGACUCAGAUCUAAUCACUGUAUUUGUCGCAGUUGUAAAUAAAUGGUGCAGGACUUUUUUCCAAAGACUAUGCUAACAAAUGCUAAACCCGCCUCUCAGGACACGGACAAAGUUUUUAUGAGUUUUUGUUUUUUGAGAAGACAACAGCUGUUCCAGUGUUUACUUCCACGGCUUUACUAAUCCAUUUUGAAGGAUGUUUCAUAACCUUUUGACCUUUUCUUUCAUCCGUCUUCAAAAGAUGAGAUCGAAAUGGGAUUUUCUCUGCAUGUGGGAAUGUAGCCAUCUGCCAUUGGCAUGCUUCUGACAGGAUUUAUACAGAUGCUGAAAAUAACUUGAACCAUUUGUUGCACAGGUCUGAAAAAAAAAAUGUUGCCCUCUAGUCAAGAGUAAAAUACUCAACCAUCCACGCCACGGAGCAAUCAGGGAUUAAAGCAUGCUUUUCUAAAACCGUCAUUGGCGUGGGUGAUGAGCGGCGUGUCUAGAAGCUGAUAGGUGCUGAGUUAGGGCACCCACGUGAAAAAAUAUAGGAUGAGGAAAGUGAAAUCUGGCAUUAUCGGCUCAAUGAAGAGACAGUUUUCAUUUUAGAAACAGAAGCAGGACAACGGUGACAACAAAACAACUAGAAGGCUGCAUGUCCAGCUUGUUUUAGGCAGGGUGCAAGGUGUAGGAAGACAUCAAAUACAAAUGGGGAAAAUAUUAAAGAGAUGGUUCAACAUUUUGGGUAAUGCACUUAUUUGCUUUCUUGCAGAGUUAGAUGAGAAGAUCAAUACCAGUUCCAGCUUCAUAUUUAACGGACAGCAGUCAAGAGCUAGUCACGACUCGUAGUUCCUUGUAGCUCCAAAAACAGUUGGUCUUCCCAUAAUGCAACUCAAUAGUGCUUUUCUGUAGAGCCCCCCUUUCUGCUUAAUCUUAUUUCCUUACUGCUUGUGUGUAACACAUGCUUUCUGUUAAAAGCGUGUGAUGUUGAAGCCCAAGUGAAAUCACUUGAUACAUUUUUUUCAAAGCUCACUGUCGAGCCACAGAAAACACUGUACAACUGUUUUACAGACUGUUUACCACGUUUUGUAAAUGGUCUUUCAAUGGUGACUUUUAAAGAGUAUUAAAGCAUACAAUACUACUCUUUGUCAUGUGAAGGCCCUGUGUGUGAAUGUGAUCACAUGUCCUGGGACUGAUCAUUAAACAAUGAUCUAGCAUUUGGAGAACGGGUCACAUUUUGGUCCGUACAAACACACAGCUACUGAAACACACACACAUCAAGUGUUGGCUGCGAUGCGAGUGAUCCUCAGUUCAUGAGUGUCCCCUAGUGGAGACAUGGAGAGAGGGGGAGGAGUGAGAAAGAAAGAGGGGCUGAAGGAGAAGUAAAGAAGGGGAAAAAAGACCACUGUAAGCAAAGAGUUACUGUAGCCUUUAAUUUCAUUGUGUGUGUGCACUUCACUUUGAGUCUGCAGGGUUCAUGACUGUGAAAUCUCAUAAGCAGGUUUUAAUGGAAGGUUGAGGGUCAUUACAUUAGCUUGCAGAGGACUGUAAGGAUAUAUCUGCAACAUUUAUGACUAGCCUGGUCUUAAUGUUUUGACUCUUUCAUUGUUCACUUGUUCUUCUUUCAUUAUCUUUUCUUUUUUUUUCUCCCCCUCUGUUUUUUCCCUUAUCUCACCUCCACCUCCCGUUUUCUUCACGCACACAUCAGUCAUCCGCUUCCAUUUGUUUAUUACUUGGCUGCUUAAUGUAAUAGGAGGGCAAAUUCUCCCACCGGUUGACUGUGAGCAAAGUGAUUACACGAGGCAACUUUUCUGCACAUCUCUGGUUACGGAACCAAGCCAAAGGACUUCCUGCUGAUUUGUCACUUUAAUCACACUGGGGACGUAUUGUUUCAAGGAUAGCAUUUGAAAAUAUGUGUUUUUUUGAUCCAAUAGCUCUCCGAGUUGCUUGCUGCAGGGCAUGGAGCCCGAGUGGUGGUGCACAACACAGUUUUUUGGCCGGUGGAGUCAGACAGCUCUCCCGGGCAACAGGCAAAAAGAGACAAAAGGGAGGAAACAUUGAUUCCAGUGUUUUCUGUUAACAAAAUGUCUCCUGGCAACAAAAUGCUCCUUUUGUGAUUAAGUCAGCUUUGCUUAGGCAAGUCAUUAGACACUUCUUAUCAUUGGAGUAAAGCCACAGUGUUGCCCUGCGUGUUGUUGCUUUAAGUGGCUGUGAAUAAGCACUAGCCAAGUGAAACAGUUGAGUUUGUGAAGCAUAUUUCUCUCCUGUCUUAACUUAAAUAUUGUACAACAUCCCAACUUCCUUCUAUGUUUGUAUUAUUAUUACACAUAGCAGAAAUGUCAGACAAAUAAUCCCUAAAAAUAUAAAGCGGUUAAACGGAGAAUUUCUGCUCUGUGCAGCUUCUUAAUGGUUAUUGCUUAUCUGUAAAGCUCUGGGUCUUUUCCCCUCCUUCUC